GAGUGUGUUUCCGGCGUCGGCGGCCGCGGCCGGGGACGGUGUGAAAGCGGUAAGAUGGCGGCAGCGGCUGUGGUGGAGUUCCAGAGAGCCCAGUCUCUGCUCAGCACCGACCGGGAGGCCUCCAUCGACAUUCUCCACUCCAUCGUGAAGCGUGACAUUCAGGAGAAUGAUGAGGAGGCAGUGCAGGUCAAAGAGCAGAGUAUCCUGGAACUGGGAUCUCUCUUGGCGAAGACUGGACAAGCUGCAGAGCUUGGAGGACUCCUGAAGUAUGUGCGACCCUUCUUGAAUUCCAUCAGCAAGGCUAAAGCAGCUCGUCUGGUCCGAUCUCUUCUUGAUCUGUUUCUUGAUAUGGAAGCAGCUACAGGGCAGGAGGUCGAAUUGUGUUUAGAGUGCAUCGAAUGGGCCAAAUCAGAGAAGCGAACUUUCUUACGCCAAGCCUUGGAGGCAAGACUGGUGUCUUUGUACUUUGAUACCAAGAGGUACCAGGAAGCAUUGCAUUUGGGUUCUCAGCUGCUGCGGGAGUUGAAAAAGAUGGAUGACAAAGCCCUUUUGGUGGAAGUACAGCUUUUAGAAAGCAAAACAUACCAUGCCCUGAGCAACCUGCCGAAAGCCCGAGCUGCCUUAACCUCUGCUCGAACUACAGCAAAUGCUAUCUACUGCCCCCCUAAAUUGCAGGCCACCUUGGAUAUGCAGUCAGGUAUUAUCCAUGCAGCAGAAGAGAAGGAUUGGAAAACUGCAUAUUCCUAUUUCUAUGAGGCAUUUGAGGGUUAUGACUCCAUCGAUAGCCCAAAGGCCAUCACAUCUCUGAAGUACAUGUUGCUGUGCAAAAUCAUGCUCAACACCCCAGAAGAUGUCCAGGCUUUGGUGAGCGGGAAGCUUGCACUUCGGUAUGCGGGGAGACAGACAGAAGCAUUAAAAUGUGUGGCUCAGGCUAGCAAGAACAGAUCACUGGCAGAUUUUGAAAAGGCCCUGACAGAUUAUCGGGCAGAGCUCCGGGAUGACCCAAUCAUCAGUACACACUUGGCCAAGUUGUAUGAUAACUUACUGGAACAGAACCUGAUCCGAGUCAUUGAGCCUUUUUCCCGAGUUCAGAUUGAACACAUAUCUAGUCUCAUCAAACUCUCCAAGGCCGACGUGGAAAGGAAAUUGUCACAGAUGAUUCUUGACAAGAAAUUUCAUGGGAUCUUGGACCAGGGGGAGGGUGUCUUGAUUAUUUUCGAUGAACCCCCAGUAGAUAAAACUUACGAAGCUGCUCUGGAAACAAUUCAGAACAUGAGUAAAGUAGUGGAUUCCCUCUACAAUAAAGCCAAGAAGCUGACAUAGAGUUGGAUCUGUAGCGGUCCUUUGGAGAGUGUGUGUGGCGGGAGAGUGAAACCUUGGGGAAAAUGCUAGGAGAUUCUUUUUUCUUUUUGUUCUACUUUUCGCUCGGAAAGUUUUUAAAUCCUCAUUUGGUGCAUCUGUAUUCCAGCCAAUAGGUGUGCCAGUUUUCAUGUAAUCUUUACUGGCCCAACUUGGGAGUGGGGAAAUUGCUUAAAAAAAAA